UGCUACCUCUGAAGCUACCAUCUCUGAUAUAGCCAGCUCUCUGGAAAACUGCAAUCCUAAUUACAUCGAUUUUGAAGAUAACUGCCACUUCAAAACAUUGCCACCAUGUCAUCUUCCGCGGGACAAAAGAUUACCACAGACCCUCGCUCCAACCAAGAGAUUCAUGAGGCCGUCGGCAUAAUUACAUCCGAUUCCCUCGCCGCCGAGUCCCUAAAGGGUGACGGGUCUUUCGGUGAUGGCAAUCCACACGCCGCAGCCUCAAAACAGCCUUCCAAAUCUACUACCACAAACGUAACAGACACUUCCAAUGCCGCUAGGUUGGAGCCGGCCCUGGACGCCGAGGCACGUGAGGCGCAAGAAGGCUGGAGCGAGACGUCUCAAUUGAAUGCUGGACGAGGACUUAGCAAAGACUCUGACGUUGGGCCGAUGUAUGGUACGACUGGAGGCUCAGCGGACGAAGGAAAUGUUCCGGUCGUUCGAACUGGAGGCUAUGUCGGGUCAGCGGGCCUUGCACGUAAUCAUGGAGAUCUAAAGCCGAAGGGGGAAAACAUCAUUGAGGGCGGUUUUGACAAUUGCGCGCCGAAUGCUUCUUUUAACCAGGAAAUCGGAACGAAAAAGGAUCCGGGAAGGGUUGCGGAGGCGAAUUUCCAAUUACGAGAUGUGCAUGCUGGAAUUGAUGCUAGAGGGGGUCCAAGGCAGGGUGGUAUUACUGGAGGGGUAAUUUAUGAUGUUCUCAAGAACGACGAGAGGGCAUAAAAUUGCUCAUGGCUUAGCCUUUGAUUUUUGAGGGCAAAGGACUUCCCACGGGCUAGAAAAGCUGAUAGCGAUGGAUCAUGAUGGCUUCAUUAGAUGACUCGACAAACUCAACCCAUACCC